AUGGAUGUACUGCAAAGAGUACUCCACCCUCUUGUUGUUUGGUAUCUCAACCCCACCAACACGAGCGCAUCUUAUACUCAGCCCACCGACCUAAAAUAUUCCACCCAAAAAAAAGGAAAUCAAAUUAGGGAUUUCUCAUGCGAAACACUACAAGAAACGAACGAGCGAUCGAAUUUUUGUCUAACCUUGGGGCGAGGGGUGUCCCGGCGAAAGGAGAGAGAGGUUUUGGGGGUUUUGGCGAUGGGGUUGGAGAUGAGAGAGAGUGAGGGAAGCAGCGGUGUAGCUAAGGAUUGCGCCAUUGUUGAAUUGAAGCAGAAAGGUGUGAGCCUGAUUCAUCUGGUCAAACUGUUUGAUGUUAGCGAGCAGCCAGGAGUUCUUUUACCCGUAAUCCUUUGCCGAGGAUCAAAAGUGAGCAUCUUCUCAACAAGAUCGAUGGCGAGAGGGUGCACUUGCGGGAACUUCUCAGUAAAUGAUUGUCGCCGAAAUUCCAGCUCAGCCUCGGAUGGAGUGCCGAUUAGCUGCAAAAUGAAGGAAAACCUCAGUAAUAACAAUGUACAUCACAUUAAUGGGGAUCAAUCAGUAAUGUUUAAGGGGAACCCACGGGAAAAUUCCAAAGAGAAGCAACAGAAUAUAAGCACGGCCCCGAGUAUUCUGAAUUUGUUAAAUAAACUAAGUUUGAGUGGAAGAAGCAUGGCUAAAGGUACAUGCUUGUUGAAGGAGCUUUCAGUUGGUCAAAAAAAUAAUAAUAAUAAAAAUUAA